AUGGAACAUUCAAGGGGUUUGAUUUAUUGCAAUUGUAUUUCCAUUGUAGCAGCUGCCAUGAAUGGCUGGCUUGAAGCUUCCAAGCAGUUUAAAGUGGGAGAUCAUAUAAGCUGGCAGCAGCCCAGUACUGACAACCCUGAAGUAUAUAGGCAGUGUGCCAGCAGUAAAAGGUUUCAUGUUGGAGAUUCCCUUUCUUUUGAGUUUGAUGGGAAUGAUUCAGUCCUUGUGGUGGACAAAUGGGAUUAUUAUCAGUGCAACUCAAACAAUCCCGUCUAUUCGUUGAAGGAUGGAAACGUUGUUGUGAAUCUGGAUAGGCCUGGAUCCUUGUAUUUCAUCAGUGGAAUCCUCCAUCACUGCAAGAACGGUGAGAGAUUGAUGAUAAAGGUGAUGGGUUUGCAUCAAAGACCCAAACCUCCACCUGCCAUUGCGAAUCCGCAUGAGGCUGGCCUUGCACCGGCUUCGCAUCCUAGUUCUGGACUAGUUGUUACGGUCUCACUUACAUCUCUCUUUCUAGCUCUUAUUGUCACUGUUUUAGCUUUGGUAUGA